AUUCUAGAAGGUUCCAUUCGGGGAGUGGUCCUAACAGGAGAAUGCUGCUGCUCUGGACACUGCUGUUGUACUGGCGGCUGCUACACCGAGCCCAAGGGACGACCCAUAGUCCUCUCCUCCUGCGGAUCAGUGAGAGCCAGCUGGAAACAGACAUUUCAGAUCUAUUCACUAAGCACCAGGUCCUCAAGGGUCUGAUCAGGAUGCCUGUGACUGGAUCCCCAAGUGAGUGUGUGUCUGUCCUGGACACCCUGCCCUUCGCCAGAAAGGAGUUGGUUAGGAAGAAGAGCGGGCUGGACUUGUCGUCCGUAGGGGACCUGCUCUCCGGGAAGACCAUGCCUGAGCUGAAGAAGUUACUGGAGACAGCUGGGUUGAUCAUAGAAGACGCCAAGGGACCGGAAGUCACCCUGGAAAUUUUAAGUGAGAGCCUGCUGCAGAUUACACUGCGCUGCAAACUGUACCUCUCGCUCCUGGAGAUCCUGAGGUUGGAAGUCAUCAAGAACAUACGCAUUGGAGUACGGCUAGAACAGAUAGGGAACAAGACCCAGGUGGCCUUCGAGGAGUGCCAGACACCACCUGGAAGCCUCAACAUUGAGAUCGUGAAGCAAGCAGACACCCUGUUGCCAAACCAGCUGCUGAAACUGGUGACUGAGAUCCUGGAUGGGUCACUGCCGUUCCUCCUCCAGAAGAUAGUGUGCCCUGUGACCACAAACCUCCUCAACUUCCUGCUGGAAGACCUGCUACACAUCAUUCUUCCUCCAAUCAUUUCGGGUCCCGAUGAUUUCCAGUACUAUGUGACCAGCACGGAGUUCACAGAGGGAGCCAUCUUGAUGGGAGUGCAGCUUGUGACUCCCUGUGGCCCACACCAGCGGGCCUCGAGGCUGGAGCAUGUGGUUCCCCCACCCCUUCCACCAUUAGCCCAGGACAGCAUGGCAGACUUUGCCUUUUGGCUCGAAAUCUACAAUGACAUCCUGUCCUGUCUGUACACCAGUCAGGAGAUCUUCGUGGAGGCCCAAGACUCCUUGGAAACCGACCUGUGGGAGCUGUUGUCCCUAAGUGCCCCAAUACCCAGGCCAGAGGUGUAUAAUCUGACCAGAGGGAGCCCGGGACUGAUUAUCAGCGCUCUGGAUCCCCCCACUGUCCUCCUUGAUGACUUCGGGGCCACAGUCACCCAGCAGGGCUUACUGAUGCUGCAGGGGACCAACAAUGCCUCCUCUGGUGCAAUUGCCUGGCGACUCCUGGCCAAAGCUGCGUUCUCCACAAGAAGUCAGAAACUAAAACUCCAGUUCAUGCCACACAGCACUGUAGUCACCUUGGGUUCCUACCCCACCAUCAUUGAGAAGCAGGAAGAGCAUCUGAAGGCCUUGCUCUUGAUGGUCCUGAAGAGACAGUUCCUGCCUCACCAUAACGAGUGGCUCAGAGAGCAUGGCCUCCCACUGCCCAACAUCAAGGGCAUCUCCUUCAGCCAGGCCCAAGUGGACUUCUCUGAGGUAGGUGCAGAGGGAGGGGUCUCCUUAUGAUGCUCAGCUAAUGAGUUGGAAUCAGAAGCUGAGGCCGCUCCAGGCCCUCUGCCUCUCAUGUUACCUCUACCUCACAACCAUGCUGGAUGCGACACCUGCUAUAAAGUAACUGAGACCUUGGGGGCCAGCGUGAGCCACUCAGGAAGCCAGAACUCAGGGCUCAUCAAGAGCACCUCCCCUUACACAGACUAUUCUCCCCACUUUGACUGAGAGGAAACUCAAGGCUCAGAAAGGCAGAAAAGCAUGGCCAGGGUGUCAAAGCAGGAGUCUUUAUCUGACCUCCAAGUCUAUAUCUUAGACAGGACCACCCACCUCCCUAGAACUGAGGUGUCAUGGUUCCCAGACAGUACUGUUGUGCCCAGUGCCCACUCCCUGCAAACACCAGGGGCAGGAAGCAGGGAAAGCUUAGCCUCUGAGGUGCUGCCUGGGGAUCUGCUCCCAGGCCUGUCCUACUUCCUGCCCUGGCUCCCAAAGGGGGAAAGUUCAUUAUGUGAAGUUCUAGGGAUGUGGGCUCAGUGGUGAAGAGUGUUGCUGCCCUUCCCAGCACCCAUAGCCAGAGAAGGCUCACAACGGUACUCUAGCCCUAGGGGACCUGAUGCCCACUUCUGGUUUCCACUGGUACCUGCACACACAUGGCAUACACUCACAGACAUACAAACAUACACAAAUAUGAAAACAAAAUAAAAAUAUCUUUUUGAAAGAUGAAAGAAAUAUUUAAAGGAGGUUUCAGAAGAACAAGUUGGAAGGCAGACAGAAAUACAAUCUCACAGUUAACAGAACACAUCUCUCAGAAUGAAAUGCCUUCUGAAAACUGAACAUGACCAUAAUAAACUCCAGAUUUGGGCAGGGGGAAGACAGAGACACUGAGACAGAGACAGGGAUCUUGGGAAAUGGGGAAGGAGGUUGGUAAGAAGGGCAGGGCUCAGACACACUCUUCAUUUCUUCCCUCCCCUUGAGAUGAUUACCAAGGUUGUGGCACAUACUUGUAAUCCCGGCACUCAGGAGAUGGAGCCAGGAUGAUCUGAGUUCCAGGUCAGACAGGACUACAUAAUGGGACCCUGUGUCAAAAAGAAAGGAAGGACAGAAGAGAAGAAGAAACAAAAAGACGAAUGACCUUGAGCUUUUAGGAUCCCAAGCUUAGACCCUGAGCCUCCCAUUUCCAUUCCUGACUGCAGAAGUCUGCCUUCAAGAACCUGAGGUGGGAGCUGCAGCGGGCAAUGCCUCAACAGCCACUCAGUAUCUUCCACUCCCCAUCCCCCACCACUGCUGCUUCUGCCUAGGGGCCUUAGAGAAUCCAGAGAAACCCUUACUUGAGUAGGUCUGGAGGAACACAUCCAGGUCAUCCAAGGUUUGUGACUGUCCUAAAAAUAAUGCCACCAGCCCUGGAGCAACAGGUCAGGUGAAUGACCAGGGUCAGGUCACAGCCAGCACCUUCUAGCCACCCUGUCUGUCUCAUGACUAGACCUGUGAAAAGCAAGGCACACUUGCCGAUCUGCUUCUCGGCUGCCUUGUGCCAUUGUUCAGGUGCAGGUUACAGAGCACACCAUGCAGACCGUGGUUUAAAGGAAAAAGUCACCUGGAGCUGAGCAGUGUACAACACACACCCUUCCAGGGCUGCCCUGCUUGUUCUUCCAGCCCCCAUCGUCCUUCUUUCACUAGUCCAUAUACCUCAGAAAACACUCCAAAGUCUAGUGUGCCUGUCCUCAUAAACGCUCCCAAGACCUUGUCUUCCUCUCUGCUCUGCACCCUCAUCCACUCAGUCCCUGGCUCUCCUUUCUUAGUCACAGGUGUGGGCCCCUCUGGUGUGUCAGGAGCAACCCUGGGAAAGCACUCUCUGCUCUGUCCACAGAAUUACAUACUACUGACCAUUCCUGAGUAGCUGCUCUGCAGAGGACCAGUCCUUGCCCCCAGCUGCAUGUGCUCAAGACCCCAAAGUCCAUGGUCUGCCUCAGUCCCAGUGGAGUUCUCAACUGUAAUAAAGAUGUUUCCUCUGUGAGUCUGGGUUUCCUGACAGUAGGGACGCACCUUGAAGGGUUUAGAUGAAGGGCUCCUUCCCUGCUCUAGUUCUCCUAUGAGCCUUGGAAAGUGCUCUGUGUUCUGUCCCAGGUGGAAGGAAAGACUGGGAAUGGUGGUUCACACCUGUCAGCCCAGAAUGUGGGAGGCUGAGGCAGAGGAACUGUCAUGUGUUUGGGCCAGCCUAAGUUACAAAGUGACUUCCAUGUCAGCCCAGGCUGGAGGGAAACCUAGCCAGAAAAGGGCAGGGGUAAGGAGAAAGAGAAAGAGAAAAAUAAAAAAGAGAAAAGCCUUUUAACUCUUCAUCCCUGCAAGAGCUCUUGUUUUUAAAAGAAAAAAAAGGAAUAUGCUGUGGGAUAAUGCUUUUGUACACUAUAAAGAUCUGUCACUUCAUAUUGGUUUAAUAAAACACUGAUUAGCCAGUAGCCAGGCAGGAAGUAUAGGCGGGACUACCAGGCUAGGAGAAUUCUGGGAAGAGAAAAGGUGGAAAUUUAAUCACCACCCAGACACAGAGCAAGCAAGAUGAGAAUGCCUUAUUAAGAAAAGGUACCAAGCCACAUGACUAAACAUUGAUAACAAUUGUGGGUUAA